GCCCCACCCUUUUGGGCGUGGUACAGGUACACCAAGUGAUUGAUAUGGCAGAGUGUGCAUCUGUAGAGCAAGAUGAAGAGAUCGAGCUGCAGGAUUGGGUUUUGGCUGAGCCUCCUUCAAAUGGUAGUACAAAAUCACUUAUGAAGGAUUUUGAGAAGUUUAAGGAAAAGUUAGAAGAGAAUAAAAAAAUGAAGAGCCUUAUAGAGGCAAAAGGUACUCAACUGAUGGAGAAAGAUAGAGAAAUUGAACGAUUAAGAGAAACAAUUGAUCAGCAAGAUAUUCAACUGAGGAAGACAACACUGGAAUGUUUAGAAUCAAGCAAACUAAUGAACUCCAAGCAGCGUAAAAUUGAAGAGUUAACAGAGACGAAAGAAUUAAUGGAAGAGGAAAUUAUUAAAAUAACAAGAGAGAAAUCAGAGUUAACAUCGGAACUAUUUGAAGCUAAAUAUAAAAUAAUUGAGCUGACAGAGCAGAUCUCUAAUCUUACCAUUGAGGUAUCAAGAUUGACAGAGGAUAAGAAAAAAUUGACAGAGGAAGAGAAAAGAUUGACCGGGGAUAAGAAAAGAUUGAAAGACGAUAAGAAAAAAUUGUUCGAGGAAAGAAAUAGACUUACUGAUGAAAACAAUAGAUUAACAGAGGACAGAGACAGGAUAGCAAGUGAAAGAAAUAAAUUAGCUAGGAAACUUAGGAAAAUAAGUAAAGGAUCAGAAGCAGAUGAGUCAGAAGAUGAAGAAAAGCAAAUCCUCAUAACUCAAGUUAAUGCUUACAGUAGAGAAUGUGACAAACUAAAGGGGCAACUACAAACUCAGGAGGCAGAGCACAUGCAAUCUCUUGCAAGUGUAAAAGAUCAGCUACAAACUCAGGCAUCAAAGCUCACUCAAGAGCUUCAUGAAGAGAAGCAUUCAACGCAAAAACUUCAGUCAGAGUUAGAAGAAGAGAGGGAAAAGUGUAAGGAACUACAACUUAAAUGUGAUGGACUUCAACUUAAAUAUGAUGAGCUUAAUCGUAAAAUGCUUGAAGCUAACAAAGUUAGUAAACUUAUAUUAGUAGUAGCCAGAGGC